AACGAAACGUUGACAACGUUGACAAAUGAACUUGAACAAAAGAGUAAGCAAAAGAGUGAAUUUUUCACGACAAUCUUGUUAAUUUGCUGAAAUUAGUGUUCCCAGUAGUCUUUAUUUGAAUUGAAAUGGAUCUUUAACCACAUUUCCUGCCAUCAAAAUCGUUUUCGUUAUUGUUUGUUUGCCGUAAAAUGUCCAGUCGUGUAGAUUUACCCCAUAAAAUGGGACCCAUAAAGGCUACAAUUCCAAUUUCGUCGCUACUUCGUGGACCGAUUUCCAGUGGCACAAGUGGCUCCAAUUUGUUUAUGGCUUUAUCUCCGCCAAUGAGGCACAUUUCUCCCGAAUAUAGUGGACAUCGCAGUCCAGGUGCACUGAAUACUAAAGGAAAACCGAAGAGUAUCGAUUCGUGUAUGCGACGCACAGCAUCAUUGGAUGCCCUUUAUCUGAGACCAUCGUGGAGCAUAUCAGCGUCAUGUACAAUUCUGCAAGUCGACAAAUCGACACAGACAGAGGAAUCGUUUCUGGAUCGAUCGAAGGGAAUCGGUGGCCAUUUGGAUGUUUCCACUGAUCUUAAAAUCGAAAAAGUUAUCAGACAGAGGCUGCAAAAAACCCAGCGUGGAGAGCAUUCCGUUAGUUCACAAACACUUAGCCCCAUUCACGGUAAGACUCACGCAACACCUGUUCUAAUACCACCACGUCAGAUACCACCACAUACUAGGCCAAUGCGCAGUUCCGUAGAAGGUUUAAAUCAAGAAAUCGAAAAAUUAGUGCUGAAUCCUUGCCAACAACAUACGUGUCGACCGGAAACUAAUUUGUUUUCGCGAGGUACUCCUGAAGGGCAUCGUGCACCAAUUGCAGAUUUGUUACACGGCGACGCGACGCGGUCGGUUAACACUCAGACACCAAAUAGAGACUUGUUAUCGGAUGACAGUCAAAGCACAUCACCGGAAGAUGGUUCCACUGGAGCGUCACCAAGAAUAAAUCGAUUCCUUGCACGUGAGCCCCCAGAUGGUUGUGAGAAAGUCUGUCUAAAGCCAACUGAUGCUGAUCCAACAUCAACCAAGAUGUUUAAACCGUGUGUUGGAUUCCUUUUGCGACCAUCACUCGGUUCGGCAUUCCAACCGAUUGCAGCAAUGUCACCAAUUGCUAUUGAUAGUGGAGAGGAAGACAACAGCAUUGAGACUCAAUAAAAUAAAAAUAAAGGAAGUUUAAGACCCGGUUAAUGGUAAAAAUGAGAAGAGAAUAAAAUUUCUUCGAACAUAGCAAUGAGUACUAUGCUCCGAAUUUAUGUAUUUACGGAAUAUAUUCGGUGGACAAACAUGAUAUGAUAUGAAUACAAAAAGCAACAACAACAACAAAAAUAUGAUUGUGAUGCAUUGAUUAAGGACUAAGGAUUUAAGAAAAAAAUUGUUUUUGGGAUAAAUUCUAUUUUUGUUUCUAUUUUCGUUAAAUUCAAAUUAAAAAUUUAUGAAAUUAUUAAAAAUCGACUGUCACAAAAUGUAAAUUGUGACGAAAAAAAACCUUAAAAAUGAAAAGAAGGACUGAGCAAAAUAAAUGCACUGAACAGAAAAUUUUAAAAUGAAAAAUAAGAAGAAAUUCUAGUAUUCGUACGUAAAUUGUGAUUUAAAAAAAACUAAUUCGUUAACAAAAUGAUGAAAAAAAUUAAUUUUUUCCGUUUGUAAAUAAGGUUCAAUGUGGUAGUUUGUACAAACAAAAACAAAAAAUGAGUAGAAAGGAGGAAGAAGUCGUUCAGUGUUAAGGAAAUUUUUAUUUUUUCAAUUUUUCCUUUUUUUAAAUUCAUUUGAAAUAAUUAUUGUAGAGAUUGUAUCAUAUUUUUACUAUUGCAUGUACUAGAACACAAAAGAACAAAAUUAUAAUUAUUAAAAGAAGAAAAUAAUUAAAUAUGCUGCAAUGAACCGCUCUAUAUAAACAUAUAGAACCGUUUCAAUCCGACAAAGAGAAUCAAUUCACUGUAAAAUUGUGUACAACUCGAACAGAAAGAAAUAUUUACAAAUAAAAUUUAAUGGAAUC